AUGUCAAAUUUCAAUAAAAAUUUAUUAACACCAUGUCCGGUUUUGCAACCAACCGAAGAAGAAUUUUUGGAUCCAGUAGGUUAUUUAUCCAGUAAACCUAUUUCGGAGCUUGGUAAAAUAUAUGGUAUUGUUAAAAUUAUUCCACCUUUGAAUUGGAAGCCCAAGUUUCAAAUUUCCUCAAGUUUUAAAUUUCAUGUUAGACAACAAGUUAUAAGUGAUUUAGGUAUAACGACAAGAUCUAGAAACUUCUUUAAAGAGAAUCUAAAUAGAUUUUUGAAAAUGAGAAGGAAGAAGCUAGUGAAAUUGUAUUUCAAAGUUGACGGUCAAAAAGUAUAUUAUUACGAUUUAUAUUGUUUAAUUGAAAAAAUGGGUGGUCAUCAAGCUAUAAAGAAUUGGCGAGAAGUUAACGAAUUAUUCAAAGUAGACCCAAAAUCGAAGGCAAUAGAAUUAGAAUAUGAUUCAGCUAUCAAAUAUUAUGCAAAUUACUUGAAUAAUAAUCAAAAUUACGAUUUUCCCGAAAGUGAUUCUGAAGAUGAAGAUAAUUGUAUGGUUUGUGGUGAUAAUGAUGAUCCAGAAGAAACAUUACUUUGUGACAAUUGUGAUAAUGCUUACCAUAUGAAAUGUUUGAAUCCUCCAUUAACGCAAGUUCCGGUAACAAAUUGGUAUUGUGACAAAUGCUUAAUUGGAACAGGUGAAUAUGGGUUUGAAGAAAAUCCAGAAAUUAAAUAUAAUAUACCAGAAUUUUAUGAAAUGUGUCAAGAAUUUGAUAAAGAGUUUUCAAAAAAUUACAAUAAUGGAGAAAGGCUAACUCUAGAUCAAAUUGAAAAGAAAUUUUGGUCUUUUGUGGAUAUAGAAAAAUCAGAUUUGGAAGUGAAAUAUGGUGCUGAUAUACACAACCUAAGACCUGGGGAAAUAAGUGGAUUUCCCAUGAUGAAUACUCCAGAUUUAGAUCUUAAUGACCCAGUAAAUCAAUAUUAUAUAAAUCACCCAUACAACUUAACAAAAUUGCCAUUUGCCAAAGGAUCAUUAUUAAAUUAUAUAAAUACCUCAAUAUCAGGAAUGACAGUACCUUGGAUUUAUAUAGGAUCACUACUUUCAACAUUUUGUUGGCACGUUGAAGAUCAUUAUACAUUAUCAGCAAAUUAUUGCCAUUUCGGAGCAACCAAGAAAUGGUAUGGUAUUCCUUCAGCAUUUUCAGAUUCAUUUGAAAAUCUAAUGAAAAAAUCAGCUCCAGAUUUAUUUCAAAAACAACCUGAUUUAUUACAUCAAUUAGUCACUUUAAUGAGUCCAAUGAAAAUUAUUGAAAAUGGUAUACCGUGUGUUUACGCUGAUCAAAAUCCAAAUGAAUUUGUAAUUACUUAUCCAAAAGUUUAUCAUGCUGGUUUCAAUUGCGGGUUCAAUUUUAACGAAGCGGUAAAUUUUGCAAUGAAUGACUGGUUAGAAUUUGGUGAUAGAUCAAUUUCAGAAUAUAGACCAAUUAAGAAGGAAAAUGUUUUUAAUUAUUACGAACUAGUGGAAAAUAUUUUGAAAAAGUUUAACAAAGAAACUGAUAAAUUUGAAAAUUUGGAACUAGUUAGAAAAAGUAUUGAUAUUUUACAAAACUUUAUACAGAAUCAAAAUAAGUUGAUACUGCAGAUACAACAAAAGAAAUUAUCAAUAGAAUAUAGACCAAAACAUUACAAACAACGUCAGUUUGAUGCAGAACAAAAGGGAGAAGUUAUCGAAGUAUUUGAAGAAGAAAACCUAUGUUCUGGUUGUAAAACUCAUUUAGGUUUCCAAUACUGUAUUUUGGGAGAUGAAGAAUUUAAAGCAGUGGAAGAAAAGAAAGCAGUGAAUUCUCAAUUACUUACACCGGAGCCAUCACCGAAAGAAGCUGUUAAAAAGGACCAACCACCAAAUAUUCAUGCUUUAGCUAAUUCAAACUCAUCAAAUGAAUUGUCCCAACUAAAUAAAAUUAAAUGUGAAAUGGAUGAAUUUGAUCAAUUGAUAUCACAAGCUAAAAAAAGAUCAUUUGAGGAAGAAUCGAAAGAAGAUUCAACUUCUAAAAGGAGGAAAUCUAAAAGAAUCUUAUCGCUAGAAGAAAAACAAAAAAUCAUUGCUCCUCCAAAAAUGAAAAGAAGUAGAACCAAAAAAAUUGAUCCUGCUUCUAAAAAAAUAUGUUUAAGUUGCGUUUUAGAUGAAAAGGACAUUUCUAGUGACACUAAAUUGAUCUACCAAAAUUAUCCACAAGAAAUAAGUGACUUAAUUGAAAUUUCUAAGUAUAAUUUAAGAACUUUAGAAUAUGUAUAG